AUGACCAUCCAGAUGUUGCGGUCAAAGAUGUUCCAAUUUGGGAGCCUUGUUGUCUUCUGCAGCUUUCUCAGUGGGACCUCAGAAUCACAUUUUGGUAGUAUUGGCAGUAAUAAUUUGUACAAUCUGAAUUCUAUCUCCGAAGAAGUCCUUAAGAACCUGAAGUCUGAAUAUCUGUUGAACUGGACAAUGCCAAAAUGGCCAGCAGAUGAUAGGACACAAUUAGGAGCUUUGAACAUACCGAACGUUGACAGAUCAAACUUUUAUUCACCUAAGAGUGAUGUAAGGCCUUUAAUUGGCCCCACAGCCAAUAUCUCUGUGUCCUUGGACAUCUUAUCUUCACUCACGGUUCAAACUGAUGCUCAGACCAGACUUCCCACCCUGGCCAUAGGAAAGUGCUCCAGUGAUGCAGAAAAUAUCACAAUUUCUUUGUUUAACAGCUGGAUCAAUGUACCUCGAGCCUCUGAAGAUGUUAACAUUACAUCUACCUCCACUGGGAGACAGUUGAAAAAUUAG